AUGGAAGCGCUUUUCAGACUUUUGUGGCAAGCCUUCGUGGAAUGGCUGGAAAGGGAAGAAGUUGGACUAGAGAACGGGGCAAAGCAACUUAUUCUCUGCAGAAAUAAAGAAUGCCGGAACACAGUUAAACAAGAAGAUUUCUUCGCGGAUAAUUGGUCGGCAUUUCAAGGUUGUAUCGAGCCUUUGAUGCUACUACUUGACACUUUCAAGUUAGAGAGCAGAAAGAAGUCCAAGGUAUUCAACUUCUGGGAAGAUUAUAUCAACAUGGUGCUGUUGCUCUUGCAGUUUGUUAAAGCUGAACGAACUGGGAACUGGAAGCUUCAUCUCUCCGCUACUGCCGCGAUGGUUCCCCAUUUCUUUUCCAUGGACAGGGUCAACUACUCUCGAUGGCUGCCCGUUUACCUUUCCGAUAUGAACAUGUUGAAAUCGCACCAUCCUGAAGUCUAUCAAGAGUUCAUGGCAGGAAGUCAUAGUGUGAGCCGUUCGAAGCAACCGUUUGCACAAGUUUGGCCCGACAUGGCCCUGGAGCAAUCAAUCAAUCUGGAUUCGAAGUCGAAAGGCGGCAUAAUAGGCAUGAGUACCAACGAAAAUGCGGUAGAGAAAUGGUUUUUAACCAGUCAUGAGAGAGCGGCAAUAACACAAGAACUCAAGAACAUGUGUGGGAUACAGAAUUGCGACAGGAUCGGAACGCACAAAGAAGUAAGUGCGACAAGAGUAACAAGAGAUGAAAACGAUGUGCAGAAGCUACUUGCUACGUUCAACGGUAAACUCCUCAGUGAUCCUUUUCACAUUCCUGAUGACAUUAUCGACAACGAAGAACCGUUACCUUUGAGUAAUCUUGCCACAGGUGUUGUUCUACCAGAUGCUGAGGCUAAAAGACUUCUUGACGCAGCAGAGUUAGGAAAACAAAGCAUGGAGGGCUUUGUUUCAUCUAGAGUUCAGAGUAAAGAAAUUAAUUUCUGGGAUCCAAUUCAUAAGCUCAAAAUCAAAAUCUUAGAAAAGGAUGUCAACUGCAGUUCAAGCCUGCCUGCUUCACAGUUUCCUUCAGCCUGUCUAAUUGAUGCAAUGUCUCUUAUACAGAUGAUCAAGUCUGCAGGGUGUUCAACGUAUAAGGAGCUGUCUAAGAAGUACGAAGAGAUUGUCUUGACCGCAUUACACCGACCCGGCUGCACAAGAGUGGACUUAAUUUUCGACCAAUAUCCCUCUGUUUCAGUGAAGGCGGACGAACGCAGAAAGAGAGAGGAAUCAAGCUCCCUAGAAGUAAUCAUCCACAGUGGAUCAACGCGAGUUCCGAAGCAAUGGGCAAAAUACAUUUCAAACCCGAAGAACAAAGAAAACCUGGCCGAAUUUCUUUGUGAAACUUUAAGUGAACAGCUACCACAACGUUUAAGCUCCUCGGAAAAGGUCGUCUUGGCUGGCGGAUUUAGGGACGGAUCAAAGACAGUGUCGUUAACUCAAAGCUCAGUGGCUGUUGAGCAUAAUCUACGCUCAGAUCACGAAGAAGCGGACACCAGGCUUCUGCUUCAUGCCAAACAUGCUGCCAACACCCACCCAAGGAUUGUGAUACAAUCACCAGACACCGAUGUCGCUGUGCUUUCAAUAGCACACUUUGAAGAUUUGUCGUGCCAAGAGUUAUGGUUUAAAACUGGUGUAAAGGACAGACAGAGAUACAUACCCAUCCAUGACAUUCACCUUUCCUUUGGCCGACUUGUUUCCAAGUGUCUGCUAUCGUUUCACGCGCUAACAGGAUGUGACUCCAUCAUUGCCUUGUCUGGAAUAGGAAAGAAGAAAGCCUGGAAUGUGCUGCUCAAGAAUGAGCAGAUACAGCAGGACCUCAGCUAUUUUGGUAAAAAUCCGGUCAUUGAAGAGUUUGAACAGAAAGUCGCUGAAUCUUUCAUCUGCUCCAUUUACACGUCCGCACAAGAAUUUUUGAACUCCAAUGAUGCCCGAUACUUUCUGUUUUGUCAACGAAGUUUGAAGAAUGAAGAACUCCCUCCCACAUCAGAAAGCCUUUCUCAUCACAUCAAGAGAGCAAAUUUCCAAGCAUGUGUUUGGAACAGAGCCUUACAUCCAUUUCAAAGCAUGCCCUCGCCAGCAGGAAAUGGUUGGAAAUUGGAAGAUGGAAAGUUAGUUCCUGUGUUGAUGACACGAAAUCCCGCCCCAGAAGGCAUAGUGGAGUUGACAACAUGCCGCUGCACAACUUCCGAGUGCAAACGGAAUUGUUCCUGCAAGAGAAAUGACCUUGCAUGCACCGAAGCUUGUUUAUGCAUGGCCGACGAAGGAUGCAGCAACCUUUUCAACGAAGAAUCCUAUGUCUACGGUGACUCCAGUGACUCCGAGACUGAAGGACAAAAUUAA